GACCCUACGAGUUCUGCCUUCUUCUCGUCCAGCAUGGCCGCGCUCUAUGAGGGAUACACGUUGUGCGGACUUGCUCCAGCUCAAAAUCAGUCAAAUUCAGGGGUUCUGGGGGUCGAGGCGGAGAGAGACAGCGACCAUGUCGUCGUCACCGACUCAACCAGAUCGGUCACGCUUUACAAGGUUUCGGACCAGAAGCCGCUGAGCAGCUGGACGGUGAAGCAAGGACAGACACUGACCUGUUCAGCGGUCUACAACCCGCAGACCAAGGAGUAUGUGGCGGUGUCGGACGGCAAGGUGAUCAGGAUUUGGAAGCAAGAACACCUACUCUUGGAUCAGGCCUUCAAAGCUACUGUGUCAGCUGAUGUCUGGAGGGUCCACUGUGUGGCUGGAGGGGAGCCUGUGGUCUUGUUCAAAAGAGGAGCUGUGAGGCUCCUGGACGCUCUACUUUCUGCUCCCCAGCAGCCCAUAGAGGAAGUCCUGGCACAAGAAGAGUCCAUUAGGUGGAGCACCAACAUAGUGACAGAGUCACAGCAGUUUGCCAUUUUCACAACCGAACAGAAAGGAGAUCAUUUCCUGUACCUGCAGAGACUGAAUCCCAACACCCUACAGAGGUACCGGCUGGAGAGGGAGGAGCCGGGUCUUUCCCCGCUCAGCUUCUCUGCCUCCUACAGGGAUAAACACAUCCGCCUGCUAUAUCUCUACCCAAACGGUCACGUAUACCAGAGUGUAGUCUCUGAGCGGGGCCUGGUGACUGACGAGGGGGGCCAGGCUUUUCCGCUGCCCCGCAGCCUGCUGCUGAGUCUUCCCGUCGGUGAGGGCCUCCUGGAGGCUGCAUCGGCUCAGGCCCUGGACGAAGCCCAUAUCGCUGUUGUGGGUGUUCCACACCCCUCUGCCGGAUCCGGCAAAGACUUCCUCUGCAUCUGGAAUACCAAUUUCCAGACGCUUCAGGCAGGAAAAGAGAUUGCGGGUAAAAUCUACGGACAGCUAUGGAGUUUCUGGAACAAAUUAUUCAUUCCACAUGGGAAAACCCUCUCGGUUAUUCCAUACGAGUGCCCCAAAUCUUCCCUGGCCAGCGCGCUGGGAAAGAUGCGGCAGGUCAAGACUGAAGAGUCCAAAGCUCCCACUUCUGUGCCGUCUUGGAAUAACAUCCUGCAUGAAGAGAAGGCUCUUCCCUCGAGAACAGUGGAGACCAGGAAGACGAGAAUAACCCGUAAGAGCCAAUCAUCAUCUAGUUUAACAAAUUACCAAGUUCUGGAGCUCAUCAAGACGGCACCGGUAGAAGAAGUCCAGAGAGAGGUGGAUCUGCUCCUCUCCAGGACAGACAUCCAGGAUCUGCAGCCCUCGUUGGGGCAGCUCGCAUCAACCCUGGUGUCCCGGACCCUGCAGGAUCCAGCCUUCUAUACCCCCAGCAGCCUGGCUCAGCUAGUGCACACGCGGUGCCUCUGCCACAGUGUGUGUCCCGACCUUGUGCUUCUGGCCCUGGAGAGGAAGGACUACUUCCUGUGUCAGCUCUGCCUGCAGUUCUUCCCUGACAUCCCUGAAGCCAUCACCUGUGCCUGCCUGAAGGCCUUUAUCAGCAUGUCGGACGUUGAUGCAGAGAAUGGGAGCCUGGAGCCCGACGGUGUCUCCUUCAUGGAAACCCUGAUCGCUCGAGAGCGUGGCCCGGACGGCUUGCUGAAUGGCUUCAGCCCCACCUCCGCUGCCGAGUACCGUUCAGACGGCCUGGGUGGAGGUGGCACCAGAGCACAACAAGACGAGGAGAUGACCUCACCGCCACCAGAACAGAUCUGUCCAGUGGGAUUGCACAAAGCUGUCCUCCUAAAUGAGGUCCUGCAGACGGCGUACAGUGACUCUUUCCUCCUCCCUCACCUAAAAGAUCUCUCUUCCCAACAAGUUGUUCUUUUCCUCCAGUACCUGCAGUUCCUUUACCUAAAAUAUUCCCAAGAUGCUUUCCCACAGACUCAUGGAUUGAGAUCACCAAGCCUGUCUCAGAUCUUGGAUUGGGUUUGCGUGCUGUUGGACGCCCAUUUCACAGUGCUGGUGAUGACUCCAGAGGCCAAGGGCUUACUGGUGAACCUCCACAGCUUCGUCAAGUCUCAGGUGAGACUGGUUUCUGAGCUGGGAAAGAUCGAGGGCAGCCUCCAAGAGCUCAAUAAGAUGACGGCGAAGAAGGACGUCGGACAAUACUCCAUUGAAAUCAUUGAGCUGUUUUAGAAUGUGUAUACUUUUUAAUAAAUCUUUGAGCAUAUUGUGUCUUUCCAACGUUUCCCCUGUAGUGGUUUCAAGGUUGUAUACUUGUCCCAAAUGGUAAAAUAUUAAGGGCUUUUUGGUAAGAAAUGCUGGCCAGACUCAAUAUGUAUGAGUUUUACUGUAUAUGAAUUCUUGAUGUAAGUUAGGCAUUGCAUACGUUGCAGGUGACCAUUAAGAUAAUGUGUUUUGCAUGAUAAAUGAAUAGUCUGCUCAAUGCCAAACUGGUUAAUAAUUAUCAUAAUCAUAGUAGGACUCUACCUUCGAACUAGUAGAAUGAAUGGCUGUUUCUGUCAGCUGUGACUUUGUACCGGGGUUCCCACAGGGAAACCUUUUAUAUUGAAUACAAGUAUAUAAUUUGAGAAAACUGCUAAAUCUUUGUGACUUUUUUUGUUCGUUUCAUUAAAUGAUACUUUCAAAUA